UGCUCUCAUUGGAGAGUAUCCAUAUGGUUGCUCCCAUUUUUUUGGAUUUGAAUUCUGAUUCACUCGCAAUAUAAAAUCUAGGCCCAGGCCCAUACCACUAACAAGUCCUUCGCAAAGAAAUGAACCUCCCGCUCUUUUGACCCUUCCUCUCGUCAAUAAUUAAACCCUUAACCGGUCCUCCUCUCUCUCUCUCUCUCCAAAAACCCCUCACAAAACACACACUCUGAGCAAAUUCAAAUUCAAAUCACAAAAAAAAUGAGGGAAGAAGAAAUAGAGAAGCUGAGAGGUGUGGUUAGGGACUGCGUGAGCAAGCAUCUCUACUCAUCGGCGAUCUUCUUCGCCGAUAAAGUCGCUGCCUUCACGUCGGACCCCGCCGACAUCUACAUGCAGGCCCAAGCCCUCUUCCUCGGCCGCCACUAUCGCCGCGCCUUCCACCUCCUCAAUGCUUCUCAGAUCGUCCUCCGCGAUCUCCGCUUCCGCUACCUCGCCGCCAAAUGUUUGGAGGAACUGAAGGAGUGGGAUCAAUGUCUAUUAAUGCUUGGUGAUGCUAAGGUGGAUGAACAUGGAAACAUCAAUGACACGAGGGAUUACAAUGUCAUGUAUUUGGACAAAGAUGCGGAAGAUCGUGAAAUUAAUAUUCUGUCAGCCAUAUGCUUUCUAAGAGGCAAGGCGUACGGAGCUUUGGAAAACCGUGCCCAGGCUCAGCAGUGGUACAAAGCUGCUAUUAAAGCUGAUCCUUUAUGUUAUGAGGCAUUGGAAUGUCUUAUUGAGAAUCACAUGCUUACAUGUGAAGAAGAGACAAGUCUACUUUCAUCACUGCAAUUCGCUCCUGAAGAUGGAUGGCUCUCUUCCUUCUAUUCAUGUUUGAUAAAGAAGUAUGAUAAAGAAAAUGUUGUAGAAGCCAAAUUCAAAGAACUCGAACAAGAAGCUUUUAAUAUUAAACCUUCGGAACAGUCUUUCAUUUGCACAUUGAAAAACAACACUGAUCUUUUGGCCUGCAAAGCUGAAUACUACCACCAGUGUGGCGAAUAUCAAAAAUGCUUUGAACUAACUUCAUUAUUGCUUGAAAAGGAUCCCUUCCAUCUGAAAUGUACCUUGGUGCAUUUAGCAGCUGCUAUGGAGCUUCGAAAUUCAAAUGAGCUCUAUCUUUUGGCAUGCAACUUAGUCAAGGACUAUCCUCAAAAGUCUCUGUCAUGGUUUGCUGUGGGUUGCUAUUAUUAUUGUAUCAAGAAGUAUGAUCAAUCACGCCGUUAUUUCAGCAAGGCUACGAGUCUAGAUGGAACAUUUGCGCCGGCAUGGAUAGGUUAUGGGAAUGCUUAUGCAGCUCAAGAAGAGGGUGACCAAGCAAUGUCAGCAUAUCGCACUAGUGCUCGUUUAUUUCCCGGGUGUCACUUACCAACUUUGUACAUUGGGAUGGAAUACAUGCGAACCCAUAGUUUCAAACUUGCUGAGCAGUUUUUCAUACAGGCAAAGACGAAGUGUCCUUCAGAUCCACUUGUAUACAAUGAACUUGGUGUUGUUGCUUAUCAUAUGAAGGAGUAUAACAAAGCUGUGUGGUGGUUUGAGAAGACUUUGGCUUACAUUCCAUCGUCAUUGAGUGAAAUGUGGGAACCGACCGUGGUUAAUCUUGCUCAUGCGUUAAGAAAGUUAAAGAAGUACUGCGAGGCAAUAACAUACUAUGAGAAAGCACUUGCAUUAUCAACAAGAAGUUUGAGCACUUAUGCGGGUCUUGCGUACACUUACCAUUUGCAGGACAAUUUUACUGCAGCGAUUACAUACUAUCACAAGGCUUUAUGGCUGAAACCAGAUGACCAGUUCUGCACAGAAAUGUUAACUUUGGCGCUUCUAGACGAAUCCCGUCAUGGCACAGACCCCAAAACUGAAUCUCGUAGGAACGAAGUCUUCUUUUAAUGGAAAUUCAAGCAACAACAGAUUUGUUACUAGUGUUGUAAUUUAUUUGUAGUCAAUUGUAUACUGCUGGAGAUAGAUCAAAAUAUUUUGUUUUAGGUAAAUUUAGUUUUUUUAUCAACCAAACAGACAAAUUGGGUGAUAGCUGUUCUGUAUUUGUAUCUUGUGUUGAAUUAUCGAGGCAUUUAACAGAGUUGUAGAAA